AUGUCGAAGCCCGACGACUUCAGUCCCUUGGAAGCGAUUGAGUUCAUCUUUGUCAACGAUAAGCACCAUCCUGAACCCGUGUACAAAAAUCGCUUUGGUAACACCUUGGAACUCCAGGCAGUUCGUCCUGACUCUGAACUCCUACCAGCAUUACGAAAGAUUGUUGCGGACACCCUCAUUGCUCCAUAUGCAACGGAAGCUAAGGACGCGCAGAUCAUCCAUCAACUUGUUGACAUUGCACCCCUCACUGUGUUGAACACGCAGACCGACAGUUCGUGGGAGGCAGCAGGAGAGUUUGUGCUCACCGCCAUUGGCGUGGAACCCCCAAUGAGCGCCCAGCCUGACAUGAUCACCACCACUCCCGUCGAAUACAUGGAUAACAUGACAAACUUGACUGGUCACUUGGCCAUGCCGUCGGCCGAAUGGAUGAGACCUCUUCCAGCUGUCAUCAUCCUUCCUGAUUGGGAUGGUGUCAACACAUACGAACAAGAGCGCGCAACGGCCUUGGCCGAACUCGGUUAUGUAGCCAUGGCUGCUGACAUGUUCGGAUCUGACAAGCAAUUCCCGACCGCAUCGCUGAGACUGGAAAAUUCGGAGCUGAUCCUACUUUGUUUGUGA